AUGAGUUCUUACAAGUUCACUUGCAACAGUUGUUCCCUUGCGUUUCCAACUGGAAAUGAUCAAAGGCAACAUAUGAAGACGGAAUGGCAUAGAUACAAUUUGAAAAGAAGGGUGGCACAACUUCCACCUAUAUCUGAAGAUUUAUUCAACAGUAAGGUUGCAGGUUUGGGUGAUGCGAUUUCUGAAGAUGAGGACGAGGAAAGAAAUUUAAGCAAAAAGGAAAAAAGAAGAAGGGCAAAAGAAGCACUACUUGAGAAGAAGAACAAACUUCUUGCUUUAGCUAGAGAUAGAAUAGCUGGAAGGGGUGGACUUGCCAGAAUUGACAGCGAUGGUAAACUUGUUGUGGAAAGAAAGUCGGUUGCAAACGAGGAGACAAAACUCAAACAAGGAAUCGAAAAGGAAGAAGAGAAAAUUUACGGAAAGGAUAUUCAUUUGACUGAGGAGCAAUUAGAAGACAAGUUAUUUGAAGAAAAAGUUAAGAGUAAAGUGGACAUACCUUCAGACACAUGCAUUUUUUGUAACUUAAAAUCCAAGGAUUUAAACUCAAAUGCAACUCAUAUGUUUAAGAAGCAUGGACUUUACAUUCCGGAGGAGAAAUAUCUUAUCGAUAAACUAGGGUUAAUAGAGUAUCUUGGCGAAAAAGUUGGAUUUGGUAAUGUGUGUCUUUAUUGUGCAUAUCAGGGGAAGAAUCUUGAAAGUGUGAGACAACAUAUGAUCGCUAAGGGACAUUGUAAGAUACCGUAUGAUACUGAGGAUGAAAAGCUUGAAAUAUCCAAGUUUUACGACUUUUCCACAAGUUAUGCAAAUGAUACAAGAUCGGAUGAAAAUGUGGAAGCCGAUGAUAAUGGACAGAACUCAGAGAAUGACGAGGACGUAGUUUAUGCCAGUGAGAUUGGGUUACAUUUACCUAAUGGCCUUGUCGCAGGAAAUAGGUCAAUGUCCAGAAUUUGGAGGCAGAAUAUACCUCCCGAGAGAUUUCUUGAUGAAGGUCAAGGUACCGUAAUGGCUGCAGAGACCAGAAAUCUUGCAGCUCAAUAUGGUAGGGCUGCUUAUAAACAAUCCAAGAGAAGUUGGAGGAGUGAGAAGAAAGCGCAAGACAUGAAUGAAAGAAGAAAGGCCAAGUUUAUCAACGUGAAGCCUCACUUCCGUGAUGAGUUAUUGCAGUGA